GAUCAACUAGCACCACUGACUUGAGCACAUACUGUACAUUAUCCCCCUCCAAAUCACUAAUGAACCCCCCCCCCCCCGCUCCCCCUACCGAGCACCAAUGCCCCAUUUCCUCCUGCUGAGCACCAGUAUCCCUCUUUAUUUCCCUAUUGAACAUCAAUUCUCCCCUUUCCCUACUUCUCACCAAUGUCCCUCCUUUCCCCCUACUGAGCACCAAUGCCCUCCCCUUUCCCCCUACUGGGCACCAAUGCCCUCCCCUCUCCCCCCCUACUGAGCACCAAUGCCCUCCCCUCUCCCCCUACUGAGCACCAAUGCCCUCCCCUUUCCCCCUACUGA